CCCUCCUUCUUUGUCUUGAUUCGAGCCUUUAUUAUUCUUCUCGCUCUCUCCAAUAGUCUCGGAAAGAAUUAAACGGGAGAUAUCAGGGACGGAGAAAGGGAAUCGCGAUGCUUAGGGUUGGAGCGAAGAGGUUGCUAGGGUUAGGGCAUCGCGCCCCAGCCCCUGCGGCGGCCGCUGGCGGUGCUGCUGCGGCGAUGGCAGCGCGGUGGUACCACGAGAGGGUGGUGGACCACUACAACAAUCCCCGGAACGUGGGGUCCUUCGAUAAGAACGACCCGACCGUGGGGACGGGGCUGGUGGGCGCGCCGGCCUGCGGCGACGUGAUGAAGCUCCAGAUCAAGGUCGACGGGGAGUCCGGCAAGAUCGUGGACGCCUGCUUCAAGACCUUCGGAUGCGGCUCCGCCAUCGCCUCCUCCUCCGUUGCUACUGAAUGGGUGAAAGGGAAACAAAUGGAGGAAGUUCUAUCCAUCAAGAACACAGAAAUUGCAAAGCAUCUUUCACUUCCCCCAGUGAAGCUCCACUGCAGCAUGCUCGCUGAAGAUGCUAUCAAGGCUGCCGUAAAGGAUUAUGAAGCGAAGAAAGUGAAGAUGGUGCCACAAAAUGCUGAGCCUGUACCAGUUGAAAAGGCAGCUGAUGCUUAAGUCAAUCUGAUGUUUAUGAUUCUAUGUUAGUUAUUUUAAGAGCUGGUCCUUCCGGAUGUUUUACAGUAAGAAUGGCUGCUGCUGGGCUUGGAUUGUGCAUGUGCAUCUGUAUUGUUAUCACGAGGACCAUUAAGAAUGUGAAAUAAAUGUUUGCUAAUUACGAUGUCAUUUCCGGUUACAUCUUUA